CCUUGAAGAAGAAGAAGAAGCAGGAGCAGAUGAAUCCCCUCCUUCUCCUCCCCUCUCUGCGCUUCUGCACACCCACUUGCUCCACCUGAGUGUUAGGUGUUCAUCUUCAAUACUGAAGUAUUCAGAUCAGGAGGAACUUGGAAACACAGCAUGCGAGAGAACGUGGACAGAAAUCAUCAGGGUCAAGAGAUUUUUUCAGGGAUGUUCAAGAGGCCAUUAAAGAAGGGAUCUGCAACAACAACAACUACAGUGCUCUUCAUCAUUGUCCUUUUCAUCGGCGCCUUCAUCUCUGUCGGCUGGAUCAACGUGUCUUUUAGUGGUGCUUCGAAUCAGAAAGUGGAAGCAAGCUUGGAAUCAAUUCAUAAACAUUCCCACAGAGUAGAAAUCCCACUCAACUGCUCCGCAGGAAAGCAGACUCGAACCUGUCCUGCAAAAAACUUCUCAUUGACAUUUCAGAAGGCUGAAGAUCAUGACCGUUCAUCAUCGAGUAGUCCAGUGUGCCCAGAUUAUUUCCGUUGGAUCCAUGAAGAUCUUCGGCCAUGGAAGGAAACAGGGAUCACGAAGGAGAUGGUGGAGAGAGCUAAGAAGACCGCUAACUUUAGGUUGGUGAUCGUGAAUGGGAGAGCUUACGUGGAGACCUUAUCGAAAGCGUUCCAGACGAGAGACGUGUUCACCUUGUGGGGUAUCUUACAGAUGUUGAACAGGUACCCUGGGAAGUUGCCAGACCUUGAGUUGAUGUUCGAUUUAGUCGACUGGCCAGUCCUCCUAGCACGCGACUACCAGGGUCCUAACGCCACUGCCCCUCCACCCUUGUUUCGUUACUGUGGUGCCGACUGGAGUAUGGAAAUCGUUUUCCCUGAUUGGACUUUCUGGGGUUGGCCAGAGGUCCACAUUAAGCCUUGGGAGUAUCUGCUGAAGAAGUUGAAAGAAGGCAACAAGAGAACCACAUGGAACGACAGGGAACCUUAUGCUUACUGGAAAGGAAACCCAGAAGUGGCUUUGACAAGGCAAGAACUCAUGAAAUGCAAUGUCUCUGACAAACAGGAUUGGAAUGCUCGCCUCUAUAAGCAAGAUUGGGUCCGUGAAACUCAAGAAGGAUUCAAUCAAUCAGAUUUGUCAAGGCAAUGCACUCACAGAUAUAAGAUCUACAUUGAGGGCUGCUCAUGGUCGGUUAGUCAGAAAUACAUUCUAGCCUGCAACUCUGUCACUUUACUAGUGACGCCUAAAUAUUACGAUUUCUUUACAAGGACCCUUCAACCAAUUCACCAUUACUGGCCGAUAAGGGAUGAUGAUAAGUGUAGAUCUAUUAAGUUUGCCGUUGAUUGGGGCAACCGUCACAAACAGAAGGCACAAGCCAUCGGAAAAGCUGCCAGUGAAUUCAUACAGGAGGACCUAAAGAUGGAUUAUGUGUAUGAUUACAUGUUUCAUCUGCUAAAUGAAUACGGGAAGCUUUUGAAAUACAAGCCCACCAUACCUGAAAAUGCCACAGAGCUCUGUCCAGAGGUAAUAGCUUGCCCUGCAGAAGGGUUGGAGAAGGAGUAUAUGAUGGAUUCGAGGGUGAAUGCUAUUGAGGACACAAGCCCAUGUACCAUGCCACCUCCCUUUGAUCCUGCAUCUCUCAAAGACUUACAGAGGAGGAAAUCGAAUUCAAUACAGCAGGUGGAGCUAUGGGAGAAAGAGUCUGGAGGAUCCUGAUUCAAUUCUCUGUUCGUACGUGAAGAGUAAGUCUUUCACACAGAUAGAAGCUGCCAUGUGUCCCAUUUACAUACGGUGGAUAAUGAAUCUUCUGCUCUCAUUUUCACGUGAACGUACAUGUUAGAGGUCAACACCUGUUCGAUUUACUCCCAUGGAUGAAAAAGGUAUUUAUAGAAAUAAAAAAGGUAGGUGUUGGCCACUGACACAUAAAUACAAGGGAACAUCUGUGCAAUGGAACUUUAUUUAUUUUGUCUUUUAAUAUUCUUGCUUAGUGUAAUCAUAAUUCGUUCCACUAAGCUUGUAACCUAUUAGAAAGAUGUACCUGAUGUUUCGAGAUAUAAAACUUGUAUUGUAGAGAUGGUUUGGUUUUCUUGCUUGAUGUAUCUGAGAGGAUUCGCACAGAUUGUUGAA